GUUCAGGCGCAGUUCUAAUCGCGAACGUGCGCCGUGUGGUCGGCGGGAAAGCUCGACGCCUGAGCGUGUGCUCCAUCCCGUGUUUGUGGUGUGUGCUUCUGCCGGCGACGAAACCGAAGCCUGCCUCUCGAAGUCGGCGUCGUUGCAUUCUAGGUUUUCUUUUUCUCUUUCUCUUUACUCUAUUCCCGGUCAGGUUCUCAGACACCGACGGCCUAUCACUCUCUCGAAUUGCGCCUGCGAGCCGAUCAAAGCGCGCAUUCGAAACUGACGUUGAGAAAACAAGUGCUUGGUGGCAAGGUUGCGCAGAAAAGAAAGAAAAAGUGAAGUCCGAGGCACGACGUUAACAGCAACGGUUACAACAACGGUUCGGCGAGAGCGGUGUUGAGAAAGCCGAAUCGAAUCAAUCUCAUUCCCUUAAGGCUCUGCGCGGCCUGUGACGGAUCGAGCGGCGAACAGCGUCGCGACGACGAGGACGCGGAUCCGCCAAGGCAUCACUUGGAAAGCGGGUGACAGCCCGGCCGGUGGCACGAGAAAUUGAACGACAACGACGCUGUGUGGAGAGAUGACGUUUUGAGUGGAAAGCCUGUCGGCCGCGGCGCGUCGUCUGCUGCUGCAGCGAGCGGCACCACGCGUUCUCCGUUAGUGACACGCGCAUCGUCUGGUCAUCCCUUCUUGUCGUCUGCUCAGCGGCCGUUUGCAUCUGCUGAUGCUCCUGUGAGGAUGUGUUGAUAUGUGCCUCCCCGAACUCGGAUAUACCUAACGUCGGGCUGAAGGCGGCCGUCGUGUGCCCGCAUCGGCGGGCUCGCUCAAUAACGGCGAAAAGCCCGAGGGGGGCGCCCAUUGGCCGACCCAUGACGGGCCGCAGCGGUGGCGUGCUGCGUGCGCAUGCGCGGAGGGAGGCGGUGCCACCUGGCGGAGGGCACCAGCACCAGCCGGCGGCGGCGGCAGCGGCGCACCAGGUUCGAGAGCAGCAGUCGCGGCACGGUCGCAAACUGAGCAACAUGGACUACUACGGCGCCGUGGCGCUCGUCUCCGGAUGGGCCUGUCUCCUUUACUGGAACACGCUGGACGCGGACUUCGCCUACGAUGACAGCCGCGCCAUCCGGAGCAACCAGGACCUGCUGCCGAGCUCUCCGCUGGCGUCGCUCUUCCGCAACGACUUCUGGGGCACGCCGCUGACCCACAGCGGCAGCCACAAGUCGUACCGGCCGCUGUGCGUGCUCUCCUUCCGGCUCAACUACCUGCUCGGCGGAUACGAGCCGCGCGGCUACCACCUGCUCAACGUGCUGCUGCACGGGCUCGUCUCGGCGCUGUUCACAGCGCUGGCGGCGCGGCUGUUCCUCAACCAGUGGCUGCCCACGCUGGUGGCCGGCUUCCUGUUCGCCUCGCACCCGGUGCACACCGAGGCCGUGGCCGGCAUCGUGGGGCGCGCCGACGUGGGCGCGUGCCUCUUCUUCCUGGGCUCGCUGCUGGCCUACGUGCAGUACUGCAAGUACCGCGACAAGGAGCUGCGCGCCGAGCGCCGCUGGGCGCCGCUGUACGCGUCGCUGGCGCUGGCCGGCUGCUCCAUGCUCACCAAGGAGCACGGCAUCACGGUGCUGGCGGUGUGCGCCGUGUACGACGUGUUCGUCAACCACAAGGUGGCCCCGAGGGACCUCCCUUCGCUGCUCGUCAGCAAGCGGCACCCGGGCCUGUGGGAGGGCCUGCUGCACCUGUGCUUCGCGGGCGUCACGCUGAUCGGCCUCCGGCUGCACCUGAUGGGCGCCCGGGCGCCGGACUUCGCGCCGGCCGACAACCCGGCCGCCGACAGCGACAGCCUGCUCACGCGCACCCUCACCUUCCUCUACCUGCCGGCGUUCAACUUCUGGCUCCUGCUGUGCCCGCGCUGGCUCAGCUUCGACUGGUCCAUGGAGGCCAUCCCGCUGGUGCAGAGCCUGGCCGACGCGCGCAACCUGCUGAGCGCCGCCUUCUACGGCGGCCUCUUCCACCUGGUCGCGCUGCUCGUGCGGCUGGCCAACUGGCGCCGCGGCGCGCCCCCCUGCCACUGCAGUGCCUUCCAGCCCAAGCCGGCCUCGCUGCUGGCGCUCUCCUCCGGCGGCAAGUCGUCGUACGGCAAGCGCUUCUCCAACAACAACAACUGCAACAGCUACAGCAACGGCGGCAACGGCAACGGCCUGGUCUCCUCCUGGAGCUGCGGCAGCUGCUCGUCGGCCUCGUCCUCCUCGUCCGAGUGCUCCGAGUCCACGAACGGCGGCGGCGGCGGCCCCGCGGUGGCCAGCGCCCUGUCCAACCAGCAGCUGGACGCCACUGUGCUCGCGCUGGCCCUCGUGGUGCUGCCGUUCGUGCCGGCGACGAACGUGUUCUUCUACGUGGGGUUCGUGGUCGCCGAGCGCGUGUUGUACGUGCCCUCGAUGGGCUACUGCCUGCUGGUCGCCGUGGGCGCCGACCAGCUGUGCGGGUUCGCCCGGCGCGCGGCGCGCCACGGACACGGCGGCCACGGCGGUGGCGAGACGCUGCGCAAGCUGGUGCUCGCCGCGCUCGUGGCGCUCGUGCUGGUGCUCUCACUGAGGACGGUGCGCAGGAACAGGGACUGGCUCACCGAGGAGGACCUCUACCGGUCGGGCAUCCACAUCAACCCGCCAAAGUCUUACGGCAACCUAGCCAACAUCCUCAGCGCGCAUGGCAAGAAGGCCGAGGCCGAGUGGGCCUACAAGAAGGCGCUCACCUAUCGCUCCAACAUGGCCGACGUCCACUACAACCUGGGAAUUCUACUGCAAGAGCAGAACCGGUUGGAGGAAGCCCUUCAGAGCUACAAACUUGCGAUCCAGUUCAGGCCGAGGCUUGCAAUGGCACACCUCAACAUGGGCCUCGUCCUUGGCAUCAUGGGCAGGAAAGAGGAAGCCAUCGAAGUGUACCGGCACUGUGCCCAGCUUGACAGCGCGGGCCUCAAGGACCCCAAGACUCACGAGAGCACCAAGAUCUCGGCCCUCUUCAACCUUGGUAGGCUCUACGCCGACGAAGGCAAAUACAAGGAGGCGAUCAGAGUUUACCAAGAAGCGGUUGCCAAGAUGCCGGAUCACUAUCAGCCGCAGUCUCUCUACAACAUGAUGGGCGAGGCAUACUUCAAGCUCGGGGACUUUGCCGAAGCGGAGCGAUGGUACAAAGAAGCCCUCAAAGCGAAGCACGACCACAUCCCAGCGCACCUGACCUACGCCAAGCUCCUGUCUAAACUGAACAGGCCCACCGAAGCGGAGCAGUGGUUCCUUCGGGCGAAAGGGUUAGCCCCGAACGACUCCAGUGUGUACCAGCAUUAUGGUCAGUUCCUGUCCGAGUCUGACCGGCACAUGGAGGCCGCCGAACUUUACCUUCGAGCCGCCGCGCUCGCACCCGAUGAGUACGAGAUCAUCUUCAACGCCGCUAACACGCUGAGGCAAGCGGGAAGGAAUGCUGAAGCCGAGGCCUUCUACUACACUGCAGUGAAGUUGCGACCCGGUGAGGUCACGAGUCACAUGAACCUCGGCGCCAUGUUGCACGUCAACGGGAAGCUGCUCGAGGCCGAGUCAAGCUACCUCGAGGCGCUACGGUUGAAGCCAGACGACCCUAUAACGCAAAACAACCUGCAGAAGCUUCGAAACUUGCUCGCCCAGAAAGGGCUUCGGGCCGCCACCACCAUAGUCAGCAACCGGCGGUAGCGGCGUCGUUGUCCGCGGAGAUCUUCAAGUAACACAGCGCGAGGUACCGCCGGAACCGGAAACACCUCAGCAGCGCAUUGCGCGCAGAAGGCGCGACGACGUCGACGACGCUGGAGCUGCGCGGCCGGCACAGCCUGCGGCAGCCGCACAUCCUAGCCGCUGCUUGCUCGUCUGCGGAUUUCGCCUGCCAAGUUUCGUCGUGGCCUCCGAGAUUCGGCGGCGCUUGCUGACUAAGGAGGUUGCUUGGGGCUGACACCCCUCGCCGCCCGAUAUCGGAGGCCAUGCUUUCGUCUGCGAACUUCGCUUCGCCGCCAGGAGUCGCCUGCGAAGCGCCGGCAGCUGCACGGCGCCUCUACAGCGUGACGUCACCGGCGCCGAUCCCAGACGUGUUUUGUUUCACACUCGCUUGUACUAUUGCUGUUGUCGUGUCGCUUCGGGUUUGUCCCCGGAAAGCGACAGAGAAAACACUUGUGUCCUACUAGACUGAUCGCAAACUGACUAUCGCCGUUGAGUGACCGCACAGAGCCUAGUCAGUCCUCUCCCCGACUCCCUUUUCCCAACUUUUUAUUUAUAACGCUUUUUUUACGCGUUUCGUCUGGCAAGCCUAUAGCAGCUCUGGAAGCGAGUGACGACUUUUGCGCCGCAGUUGUUACCGCACAGUGAGCCUCUGGAAACGGAACUUUAGUCCCUCGUUGGCUUUUCUUUUUUUCUUGUCGGAAUGUCAAGGGGAGGAAAACGGAAGUGCAGUGAACACGUUACUUAGUCACAAGUGUGUCUGGCCGGACUCGAUGCAGUAUGAACCAUUUGAGUUUCUUCUGGUUUUCUUUUCGCCCGUAUCUGUGUGUAUGUAUAUAACGGGUUUAUUGUCGCGUUUCUAUCUCUCUCUCGAAAUAUCUGCUGCUGCACUUCGUCGAUUAUGUUAUUCCUACGAGAAGCAACAGGUCUAGUCAAAGUGCCGACGCUCCGCUGUGGCUUGUCCGCUGUAAAUUACAUCGCUCGCUUGAACGGAUGUUCCUUUCCUUUGUUUGUACACGCCCUGUAUUUUUCCAACCUUUUUUGUGUUGAACCCAAAGCCCACGGUCACGUGUAGUGCUUACUAAUAAGCCUUCGCGUUUAGGAAUGAAGUGGGAGAGUAGUUGCCGAAAGAGAGAGAGAGAGACACCCUAUUCUUUAUUUUUCUCUCUCUCUUUUCCUCUGUGAAGGAACGGAAGAAGGAUAUAGAGAUGGAAGAAAAGAUAAAUCUAUAUAUUGAGUUGUGAUAUGCGCGUUUUUCGGUUUCUCCUUUCUGACGCAAUCUUCUGGCGCACACACGACCAAACUUUUUGCUUCCAUGUGUAGAUCGACGGAAAGGACAUAGUAUAUAUAUAAAUAUUAUACUUAUCUCGGCACAUCCAUCGUCCUUGUGUACAGAGAGAGCCAUGUAGAUAGACAACGCGCGGCAAUACAUGUGCCGAGAUCCUGCAGGAAUUUGUUCUAAACUGAUGGUAACCGAGACCUACUUCUUUCUUGGCUUCGCGAAUUACACUUCUUAAAAGAAAAAAAAAAUGGUGGAAUACCGAAUGUGACGCAGUCAUUGCAGUGCUUUCGUAGCUUACAAUAGCAGUGGCUGGCUGUGUGCGAUUUUUUUUUCUUUCUCGUCUUCUAUAAACUUCCCCUAGAGUCGAAAGCAGAAUUAUCUGCAAAGAAGGCUACCAAGGCUUUUACAAAAAAGUAUUUUAUAUGGGAGGUUCUACGUCCUCUUGUAAAAGCUAAUCUGAAAUCCUCGUCAAUUCACGAUGCUUUACGAGACUUUAAUCGUCGCUCUACGGUGACCACCGUCGCAAAUACAACAUUGAUUAUAUUUUUUCAAGAUAUUUCUUUCAAACGUACUCAACAUAAAACACAAAAACAAAAUCUGCAUCUAACUUUUUUCUUUUUGUACCCAUUCAAGAACUGAAAAGGCUAUACUCUAAAGGCCACCGAUUCCUUAGACGGAAGCCGCACAUCUUUCCCGAGGAGACGCGAGAUUUGCUUUUCUUCGUGAUAUUUCUCUUCUACAGAUGCUGAAAUAUAAGUACUCGGAGGCUCAAAUUUCAGAUCCACUGUUCGCGAAGCUAUAAGCUCGAAAACCGGCAUUCAUGUUAUGUAAAUAUCGAUACCUGCUUCCGCUUUUCCGCCGGGAUGUGGACUCCUCUUGGCGUUUACUAUUAUUAGUAGUACCACUAUUUUUCCUUAAUUUAGCAGCGAAUGUCUUGUUCAUUCGUGAAGAAAUUCUAGGUCACUGACGACGUUGGAUUUCUCUGUGCUCGCUUUUCUUUACCUUUCUUCUUAAAGGCAAUGUGGACGUAUUGGAGCGUUCCCAGUAACGUUCCCUUGAUCUGCCACUGUAAUUAACAGAUGAAGUAUGAGAGAUUAAAAAGAGAGAGAGAGAGAGGAAGUGAUAGCCACGUGAUUUCUAUAGGCUGCUUGGGAGCGAAAGCAAUCUUCUCUGGCCUUUUCUGUUCCCUCGAGAGCAGCCGGCCGGCCUUUUAAGUUAUUUAUAUUUAUGGCAUCCCUGUGUUUGGUUGUUUUGUUUUCUCGCUAGACCAUCGCUAAGGUCUGUAAGCGCACCCCGGGAUUAAAAGGUUCUCUUCCGCACUACGAAACUGAGGUUUAGUCUUUUUUUUUUUUUCCAAACAGCAGUGUGACGAUAUGAACGUUUUUUUCUGUCUGUUAUGUCUCGGCGCAAGAACACGCAGUGGUAUCGCGUGAUUCGGUUUGUUGUGUUUGUGCGCGUGAUUCGCGCCAGGAAAUGUUUAAUCGCGAGUUUCCCGCGCGAUCGCACGCUUUCCCUGCACCGCGUGUUGUACUCCGGCUAAUCCCGCGUUCGUGGCAGAUUUGCCGACGCGGAGAUUAGCGGAAGCUUGUAGUGGAUUGCUGCUUCUUGUGCGCCCAUAGUCACGAACCUAUAUUUAAACAAGAGAAUUUCUGUGCAUCUCGUUUUGAGAUAACGGAUGAACUUUCCCUCUUGUUUCUCGUUAACACUUGCCCCACAUGCAGUGAUAAAAAUAUAUAUAUAUAUUUCAGGAAAAUGAAUUCUUGCAUCAGCCAAACAAUGUGGAAACUAAUAGUUCAGCAUCUCAGUCUCGACACAUGAUGUUAAAACAAAUGACGACCUUCUUUGAAGGCCGUGGGAAUAAAAAGUGACGACUGAAAUCAUUAUUGAAGGAAGUACCUGAAACUCCAGAUGCUUCCAAAGGUCACAGUAUGAACUGAUACCUUUCAGCGGUAUCACUUUUUUUUUAAAAUAUACUAUAAUUGCCCAAUUCAGUGGGCAAAACACGCGUCACUCCAGCGAGGUACUGUGUCCGAUACCAUGCCACGCACACAGGGCGGUAUCUCAGCAAACGAUUCAGAUUACCGUCGCAGCUUUGGUUACAUUGUAAUUGACAAAAUUAGGCAAAGAUACGCCGUGCGGACGGUUUCUAUGCUUCUUUCUCGCCAGAACUUUUCGAGUCAUAUAUUUUUUUUAGCAAUGAAACUCGAUUUAAAGUGGGAUUGUUCCUUUGCUUCUUAUUCUUCUUGUAUCGUUAGGUGUAGCAAGUUUGGUCACGUGACUUUGGGCGAACAAGACAAGCAGCUUUCUCCUUUGUGAUGCUCGGUGCACCGUUUGUUCCAUAAACCGUUGCGAUUCCCGAUUUGUCUCGUUUCGCUCGCUGCCCACGUGUGCAUACCACAGGCGUCGUCCCACGGCGCCCAUGCACGAAAGCCAACGUGUGCCGAAAUGUUAAAUAAAAAAGAAAUUAUAAUAAUGAAAGAAGGAUGACGUUAUUAAACUUGAAAUGAACGCGCACGCGUAAUAAAAUUUAGGCUUUCCUAAACAGUUCUGUACAAUACAUUAAGAUAUUUACAAAUAAAUUUUUGAAUCUAAAGA